AUGACUGGCAUGGCGGUGGCGCGGCUCGCCGUGGCCCUCCUACUGCUGGCGACGGGCUGUGCGGGGCGCGACUUCGCCGUCGGCGGCCGCGCCGGAUGGACGGCGAACCCUGCCGAGCCGUUCAACCACUGGGCCGAGCGCAAUCGCUUCCAGGUCAACGACCGUCUCGUGUUUAGGUACAAAGGGCAAGAGGACUCUGUGCUGGUGGUGAGCCCGAGCCACUACGACGCAUGCAACACCAGCGACCCCUUCAUGCGCCUCGGCGGCGGCGAAUCCGGCUUCGUCCUCUCCUACUCCGGCCCCUACUUCUUCAUUAGCGGCGACGCCGGACGCUGUCAGGCCGGCGAGCGCCUCAUCGUCGUCGUCCUCGCCGUGCGUACCCCUUCGCCUGCUCCUUCAACACCGCCGCCACCACCCAAGUCACCCCCCUCGUCGCCGCCUCCCGCUCCGGCAGCUGCGGGGAAUUCUUCUACGUCGCCACCACCGGCGCUAGCGCCGCCGGCUGCGGGAAAUUCUUCCACGUCGCCACCACCAGCGCUUGCGCCGCCGGCUGCGGGAAAUUCUUCCACUUCGCCGCCUCCGGCGCUAGCGCCGCCGGCUGCGGGGAAUUCUUCCACGUCGCCACCUCCAGCAAUAGCGCCGCCGCCGGUAACGAAUGGUACGGUGUCGCCACCGCCGAGUUCGCCAUCGUCCGCGUCAGCCUCGCGGGGCGGUUUCUUGGCGUGCCUCAUGAUAGCCGGAGCCAUAGUGCUAGCUUGA